UCAGCUUGUUUCCGCCGCCCCAAAGCGUACGCGUACAUACCCUGUUGGACCACACCUGCAUAUUUCCUGACAAACAGUGCAGAGUUCUACAUUCAUUGAAGCCUUUCGGGUUUGUUUGAAUCCAAAGGCGGACCAUAUUCUGACCUGACGUAGGAGGUCAACAGCAGGCAAAAUUGGUCAAAUCAAGUACACUGGUCAACUGUCAACACAUUCAGUCAAGUCGCUGCAACAGGUGUCACCAAAGAAACAGUGUCCCUGAAUAGACUUUCCUAGCUCACCCUCUUGCAUUAGGAGACAAGUGUCAAAGGGUCUAUGCCAAACUCAGUGUUUGGUUUACUGAUAACAUCUGUUGGCUAAAUUGUUUUUAUUUGAAUCUCAUUUUUUUUCCUGACAGACGGAGAUCUCAAAGACAGAUUUUUUUUAGCAAGGACUUUGUCUUUGCAAGGUCAAUUUGUUGACACCUGAAAUGCUGGCCUGUUGAAAUUCAGAAAUUUCUUUUUGCUGAUUCAUUUAACCCUUCUUUUUUCUUGAAUUUGAACAAUUCUUAGGCAGAGAGGUUAACCAAAAUCCUGCACUUUCAUCUUGAGUUACAUCACAUUUAUUUUGGCACUCAGGUAUGAUUUUACUUUUUUAGGACCUUUGGAGAUUACUUCAUUUGCUUAAAGAAGAGAGAUGCCAUACUGUCUUUCUCAUUAGCACCACAUUUGUUUUCUUGCUUAUGAGAGACCAUUCAGUUUUUGCAAAACCCAUUGAUUGCAGCCUGAACUGUGUCGUUUGGACAUUGAGGAACAGCUGGUAAACUGUAAAGCACCAAAAUUACACCUGUUUGGGAAAUAUACUAAAUAUGACUGAAGAAAGGGGUUCUCCAACUGCUGAAAGAUUGCAGAACAUUGACUUGUCAACAGCUCAGUUAGGCCUCCGGGGAAACAUCAUGGAUGCCACAGAUGGUUCAAGCCAUCAAACAACAACAUCUGAUGAUGGAAAUAUUGUACAUUUAGUAUAUGUAAGGAGUGAAGCGAGGGUGGUUGACAAUGAAUCAGUCAGUACUGAUGGAGAUACUCCUAUAGAUGAGAGAGUUCUUGAUAGCCCUUGUCACCUUAGACAGCCUACCAAUACUCAUAUGGUACAACUACAGGCACCCACUGAAGAGCAACAGGUAUUGCUUGUACAUGUAACUGGAAAUGCUACAGAAACCAAUGAAACUGGGUUAAACCCUCGUGGGACAAGUGAUAAAGAGGACUCAAAAUCUCAUGAGCAGGAAUCGAAUAAUCAACACCAAAAUCCCAGUCAGUCAAGUAUCAAUACAAGGAUAGAAGGGCUACUGGCCUCAAGAACAUUGACCUUGAUGGCCAUAAUAACUAACUUGAGAAGUGAAAUUCGGUCUAUGUUCGAGCAGAUUGGAACACUUUCAAUCGCAGUGUUCCAUCCAUUAGUGGUCGCUAUCAUACAGAAAAGCAAUUCACUACAAGAAAGGUACACCCAUGUGGACUUCGCUACACUUCUUCGAGACAACUGCACACAGAGACCACAGAAAGUCCUGGACCUCCUUGCCGCAGUGACAAUAUUGGAGAAAUAUGCACGAAAUCUCCUCAAACCUGUCAGACCUGCAUUUUGGAGGAUUGUGAAAUUUUCCAAUGGUAUUUUCAAGACAAAAGUAGAUAUCAUUCAGGGCUCAAGGCCAGUUCUACAGAAGCUAGGCUAUACCAUCUGUGCACAGGAUGGACUGGCCUUCCCCGACGACCAGCCAGAACCAGAUGUGGUCAGAGUGGUGGAGAUCGCAGCAGACCUGAUUCAGGCACGACUAGAACUGGAAAUGAUCAUAUGCGGCACGCAUCCAGAACCAGACACGAUGUAUAUAUUCAUUCCAAGGGAAAUAUUUCAGCAGGCUGAACAACUCGCUAAAGAACAGUACUAUCAAAGGCAGAGAGAACAGGCUAGCCUGGCUUACUCUGUGGAAUCAAAAGCUCCAGAACUUCAAGUCACUGCAGAGACAGAGUCUAGUGCAGCUUCCCCUGGGUUUUCUAAAGACCAGCUGCUGCAGAGUGCACCACUGGCAGAACAGCAAAUGCAACUACAAAGCCAGGAACAACAGCUUGCUGUGGCCCCUGCAAUAGCGGCUGAAGUCAUGUACUGUAAAGUGUGUGAAGAACCAGCCUCAGAGUAUUGCAGAAGUUGUGAAGCGGCCUACUGCCCUACUUGCGAUGCUCAGCUUCACAAGCACAAGACCAGAAGGUCCCAUGUCCGAGUACCCAUUGACAAGAUGCACGAACCGCCGGGCGAACAGGAGUCACAAGUACCAGUAAACCAGCAUCGGUCCCUGCCAUUACGGUCAAGUCCAUCACAGAUAUCCCCUGACAAGGUGGCUACAGUGACUCCUAAUGUACUGUCGGGCGUAUCCCUUGGUGGACAGCCCUUGGAUGUGGCAUCUGGUGUUAAACCCAGUCAGUCUCUGAGUCCACAGCCUGCUAGGGCAGCGGCUAUCACACCUGUAGCAGCACCACAAGCCCAUGCAGGCCCUCAGAUACCAGAUCUCAGCAGAAGGGUGAUGAAGUUUGAGAUCGAGAUUGCGAAGUACAGAGUUGGGAUCGAAGAAAUAAACGAGAGGCAGAGCAAGUUCUCAGAGGCGACUCCCGAGUUUGUGGAGUUAGAGAAGAAGAGGCAAAAUCUGCUGAAGCAAAAAGCGAUGGUUGAGGAAGCCCUGAGACAACUCACUGGUACAGAAAGGAGAAUGGAGAGACAGCAACAACAACAGCAACAGCAACAAGCAUACAUGGGCCAGUCCCAGAGAGCUGAUGCACAACAUGGAGCAAUGCCCACAGCCUUGCCUCAAGGAACAUAUCAGGCUGUGAACUUUGCUCAAGGUCAAGGUCAUUUUGUCCAGCCUCAAGGUCAACAUCCUCACCCCCAACAGCAGCAGUGGCAGAACUUUGCUGGCCCUCAGAACAUGGCAGCAAUGUGGGGACAACAGCAGGCUCCCAUAAGGCAACCAUACACGCUACAAUACAGACAUCCACCACAGGAGUUUGAAGCCCCAUCUAGGCCGCAGAUGUCUUUCUCUGAAAUCACUUGCACUCGCUGUAGACACUCCAAUCCGAUUGUCAACAUCACCUGUGGGGUCUGCAAUGCCAAGCUGCCUUUGAUUGACAGCAGACUGAUGCAGCACGACUCCAGGUUCUUACCCGAGCCAAGACCAUCCAUGAGGGAGCUUGGCUUACCAGAAGUGCUGAAGCCACCCCCUUCCAUGGAAUGGAAGCCUUCACAGAGUCCCAAGGUCCCAGCAACAGCAGCAGCUAGUCAGAAGUCUGAGCAAAGACCCUACAGAGCUGAUGCUGUGCCCUUUCAGAAGGCAGAAGAUAUCAUAAGGAGACCUCCCGUGGAACAGCCUACAGCAGGGUUGGGACAGGCCAAUAUUGGACAGACUGCUGCAGCUAGUAAUAAGGAAUCCCACAGCCAGGGGCAGAAUGCUGAAUCUCUUACAGCCAAGUCACAAGUCAUCAAACCAGCAUCACCACCAUUGGUAUCAUCUCAGAGCUCUGCUGCAAAGCCUCUUUCACCCAGCAAGUCAAAAGGGUACACCCAGAAAUGGCACUGUGAGGCAUGCACAUUUAUCAAUGAGCGAGAUACCAGGAUUUGUGCCAUGUGCAACAAGACGAGUGACAACCCACAGUUCAUAAAAGGGACAGAAGAACAGAUACAGGAUGUGUCAGUCACUGGAGAGGCUAUCACAAAUGUAGAAGAAUCUCUAUCACAGCUGAAUCUGGAGAGAGGUGUACCUGGGAAGAGGCCAGAGACGAUGGGUGGUGACUUGACACCAGUGGAUACACCUGCGAUGUUGCCUGGAAAAGCUGAAUCUAGAGUUCCUGGUGGGACUAUCUCUGAGAUCCAGGAUCAGAUUUGGAGGGAGAAGCAGCUUGCUAAGAAGGAGGAUGAGGAGCGUCAGAGAGCGUCCCUGUCCCCUGCACCACUCAUGUCCAGACCACCAGACACUGCAGCACAGGGGGUCACUGACAUACCUGACUCACCCAUGGCUGAAAGACAGCCAGACCUGUCAUCUUUGGGUCAGCAAGGAGAGGUGGAAAGGAGACCCAUGAACAUCCGGGAACUACAGGAAAGGAAAAGACAAGAAGACAUGAGGACAGAGGGACUACAGAUGAUCAAAUGGUUCAGGGCAGCAGAGAAUGCAGGGUUUCUCCCAGAAGAGGUGCAAGCAGCUCUGCUCCACUGUGAAAACGGCGACCCUGUACAGUGGCUAAAGGAGAACUGGCAGGGACUCGUGGCCAGCAUUGCAACACAAGCGACAGAGGAAUCAAAGAAAUUGAAGACAAACAUAGUCGGAGUCAUCACCACACAGGAAGCAGCGGAAGCUCUCAGGAAACAGGAAGGAGACAUUGCCAAAUCUAUCAAGGAGUGCAUCGACUGCAGACGGAAAAAGUUCAUCUAUGUGAUGGAGUUCCAGGAGUUUGAGCAGGAUCAGGUGCUGGCGGCUCUACAGGAGAAAUGUGGUGACGCGGAGAAGGCCAUCCAGGCCAUACAACUGGAACAACUGAGACCAUUCGAGGAGCACAUCUGGAAAGAGGACGAAAACCGCAACCGAGUCGAGUUGAAGCCAGGGGACUUUGAGAGAAAUGUAAGAAUGCUGUUAUGUCAGUUCAACCUCCCAUCUUGGGGCAGGGCUGAACAGGCAGUGAAGUUGAUUGAGAGUGGAGAGUACGAUGAGUAUGACUUUGAGGACAUCAUCGAGGCUGUGAGAUCCUGCCAGGGUCUGGAGUCCUGUAAGAAGUACCUACAACACGAGUGUCAGGUCUGCACGGACGUGCUGCCACAACAUAAGCUGCUGGUACUGACCCACUGUAGCUGUGAAGUCUGUGUGUCCUGUAUGAAACAGUACUUCACCAUCACCAUCAGGGACAAGAACAUCAAGGACAUGGUCUGUCCUGUCUGUAGUCAACCUGACCUCGACGAUGAUGAAGAUGCAGAAUCUGAGUUCUUCAACCUCCUUGACAUAAUGCUGAAGUCAAUCUUGGAAGCACCAGUCCAUGGACUCUUCCAGCAGAAAUUGCGAGAUAGGACACUGAUGAAACUUCCUAACUUCAGAUGGUGCUCACAGUGCUCAUCAGGGAUGAUCAAUGAUCAACCAGAUAGGAGGCUGAAAAUGGUGUGUGCGGAUUGUGGAUUUAUAACCUGUUACAAGUGCAAGAAGCCUUGGGAAGACCAACAUGAGAACAUAUCAUGUGAGCAGUUCCAGGCCUGGAAGGAACUAAAUGAUCCCCAGUUCCAAGCUGCUGGAUUAGCUGCUAUAUUGAAUGAAAGUGGCAUUGACUGUCCCAACUGCAAGUUCCGGUAUGCUCUGGCUAAAGGAGGUUGCAUGCACUUUCAGUGCGUCCAAUGUAAACAUGAGUUCUGUUCUGGAUGCUACAACACCUUCAGACAUAACUGCACAAGGUUUGCCUCCUGUGCACGUAAAGGCCUCCACGCUCACCACCCAAGAGACUGUCUGUUUUACAUGAGAGACAGAGACCCAGCACAGUUACAGCAACUGCUGAAUGAUAACGAUGUGGAGUUUGACACAGACCCGCCCCCUGCCUCACAACAAGCUGAGAAUGCUGAAAAUCCACCAGUUGGUGGAAAUCGGUGCCAAGUCAUGGAGCAAAAGGAAACCAAUGACGGCCUACGAGAUGACCACUGCGGCCGAGAGGCCCCCCCUGGGUAUGCAGGACUCUGCAGACUCCACUACAAUGAGUACCUUGUUGGACUGAUAAACACCCACAAGAUAGACCCUGUAGUAAUCAUGGACACUGAUGAGCUCAGAGCUCUUCUUCUGAGAGAAGAACGACAGGUGCCCCAACCACAGAGGAGGGAGGGGGAGAGGGCCUUCUGGCAGAGACUGGUUCAGGAGGUGAAGGAGAAGUUGCCCCUACCGUCCCACACCUAAACGGCUGUGACGAUUGGGGGGCAAAGUCCGACUGCCACCUCCCUGUGGUGCCUCCUGGGUAAUGCCAACGGCAGUGGCAAUGUAUUUACUGACGUUGAUCACUAUAAACCCUUGGAAAAUCAGUUGGACCGAGCCGAAGAAGACAAUCUAUCAGAAAUGGAUCAAUAAUUUCCAUAUGUGAAUAUUAGCAUUUACUGAAACGCUUCAAGUCAAGGAACCCUUAUGAACUGAUAAGGGAGCUAAGUUGACUACUUUCUUCACCAACAAUAUUGCUUAGAGCACAUGUAUGGAUGAACAAAAUAUAUGAAUUAAACACUGGAUUAUGAAGACUUUCUCCUUCCUUCAAAACCUGCAGUGAAGAGACAUUCUGCAGUUAUCCAGGACUCACAAGGAUUUGUCAUUAGUAGAUGGGAGACGAUUGACAAGACAUUGCCCAUCUUAAGGAAACAUAUGUCAUGCACCAUUGGGAGAUGAGUUACUAGACACUGGGUUGUGAAAGGACUUUCUCCUUCCUUCAAAACCUGCAAUGACGAGACAUUCUGCAGUUAUCCAGGAAGGUUUGUCAUCAGACUCACAAGGAUUCGUCAUCAGUAGAUGGGAGAUGAUUGACAAGAUAUCGCCCAUCUUGAGGAAACAUGUCAUGCACCAUUGGAAGAUGAGAGUUUUGUGCAUUGCUCAAUGAAGCUCAACUGGUGACAAGAUUCUAUGGAUUCUUUCAACAGAUGUCUGAAAGAGUUGAGCAAAUUGUUCAUUGAUGCUGAGAAGGCUCAUCAGGAUUGGUGGAUUCCUCAGACCAGUGGAUGACUGAAAGCCUCACUGUGCAUCAUGCGUUGUUUACCUGAUGAUGACCAAAAGAACUGAACAGCACUUUAACCACAAUAAAAAAUACACAAAAAAUGUAGCUGUGUACUUAAGUAUUAUUAUGUGUGAAAAGUGACAACCAAAUAGAUAGUGUUUAUAUGUAAUGACUUUAUUGUAUUGCUGAAUGUUGAACUGGAGAUGGGGGGAAAACACUGAAAAAAAGUUAAAAAUGGACAAUAUGCCAAAAAAAAGUAGAAAUGUGUAGAAAUUUACUCUUUAUAACCUCUUUGUUGUUGUUGUAGCUGUUGUUGUUUCACACCUCAAGUUACUGUAAAUGUUAUUAAGGGAAUACAUACAUGUAUAUACCAGUGUAAAUGUAGUAUGAAAGAACACUAAAUAUAAACAUUUAGAAGAAGUUUGAAAAACGGUAAAAAAAAUAAUAGUUACUACAGCUGAUUCAACUUUGUUUAAAAGAGUUUUUUGGGGCACUGUACACUACUGUUAACUGCCCAUAUUCUGUUCCAACAGUUUAUUAUGACUCAUAAGGAUUCAUGUUUAGUACUGAUUGUAUUUCAAAGUUGGUAGAAGUUUACAUUUCACAAGUUACUAUUGUCAAACUGAGAGGGUGUACAUAUAUGUUAGCUUCUGAGCAUUUACUAAAAAGAAUGGUGCUGUUUAUGUACCAGCAUGUACAUGUAUGUGGAAAGUUAGAAAAAAAGACUUAAACCCAACGUGUGCAUUAAUGAAGCUAUUGUAUGUCAUAGUUAACAUUAGUAUGAUGAUCAUAACAUCUAUGAAGGUUAGACAACCAGGAAAUGAGAUACACAAGAAAAAAUUUUGUCAUUCAAGCAACUGGAUAGAUUUUGAAUCAGAUGUUUCAAGCAGCAUCCGCUACUUUUCAUCAGUGAUCAUGAUCAUUUUAUUACAUUGUAUUUUCAUAUUCCUGCCCAGGAUCGGGUCUGGAAAGGCAAUGUGUAGCCAUGAAUAUUUAGAAUAUAAACAUUCAAAACAUGACGAUAUACAGCAGAUGAAAGUAUUAUGUAGCGCAUGGGACUAACUUCGUGAAACUUGUGCAUGUAAAUUAUUUUUUGGUUUAAAAUAUCUAUUUUGUUAUAUGUUGUAUAUAUAUACAUAUUAUAUACAUUAGACUCGUAGUUUGUUAAUGUAUGAAUCAUAUAAAAGCCCGAAAAUACAUUCGUGUGAUGUUAUUUUUCUAAUAGAUCUAGAUCCACUGUCGCAAAAGCCUGCUGUCGCUUACAAACGUCGCUGGGAGGCGCUGUAUCACCUGCCAGGGCGUAGUCGGUUCGGUCUCCAAGCAUAUACUAGUGGUUUGGGUGGCUACAAUAUAGUAUCAAGUUGUCCAACGGUUUCAGGCAGCCAAUGUAGGCUCCUUUUGCCCAGCAGAAUCUCCUU